AUGGAUAGACAUCUCGGUAUAGUCUACGGAACAGCUGGCAACCACGAGUCCCAUCCCACCAACGCCUACCAGCCUAGUUCCGUCGGUGACGCAUCCUCAUGGAUCUACGACCUUCUCGCAGGGACCUGGUCUCGUUGGAUUGGACAUGAAUCAGCCUCUACGGCAGCAAGAAUCGGCUCUUAUUCAACCAAAUAUCCCCAUGGUAACCUGCGAGUCAUCUCUCUCAACACAAAUCUAUUCUACCGGGGAAACUUCUGGCUUUUUCAGAGGAAGAUGCUGCGCGAUCCCAGCGGUCAGAUCGAUUGGCUUGUUGAAGAACUCCACGCUGCUGAGAAAGCUGGAGAGCGUGUCUAUAUUAUUGGGCAUAUGCCGCUGGGGGACCGGAAUGCCUUCCACGAUCAGUCGAAUUAUCUGAACCAGGUAGUGAACCGAUACUCAGCAACCAUCGCAGCCAUGUUCUUUGGUCACACCCACAGAGAUCACUUUCAGAUUACAUACCAUGAUGCUUCAGGCAAGACCUUUAACAAUGCUCUAAUAACAUCGUAUGUCGGUCCCUCGCUCACUCCCAUGUCGGGAAUGCCCUCUUUUCGUGUCUACGAUGUUGAUCCUGUGACCUUCGCCGUUCUCGAUGCAACUACCUACAGCGCCGACAUGACGUCUCCUACAUACCAGACCCAAGGCCCCGUGUGGGAAAAGUAUUACUCCGCAAAGGAGACAUAUGGCCCACUCACAAACCCUCCCCUAAUCGACGAUACGGCGGAGCUCACUGCUUCAUUCUGGCACAACGUCACCGAGGUCUUCGAGAAAAAUCAGACGGCUUUUGACGAAUACAUGUUACGUCUCAGUAGAGGCUGGUUACAGCCAGAAUGCACCGGCGAAUGUCGGUCGGCGCAGAUCUGUAUGCUACGAGCGGCACGGAGCCAGGAUGGCUGUGACGUAUCAACACUUGGUUCCUCAUACCAUGCAAGGAUGCAAAAUGUUGCAGAAAGGGACGAGUGUGGCAUCUCGGUCUUGCAAGCAACUUUUUCAGCCUUGGUGGCCAAAGAGGGUGUUUUGAAAAUUCUGCAAGAGAUUUUGGUAGGCCUGAAUGUGAAGCUGCAUGGAUGA